AUGCAAAAAGAUACGGCCGCGACAGCCGGCGAAUUAGACCAUGAGGCAUCGCAUCCAAGAAUUUCAAAUGUUGAUGCCAAUGCGCAAAAUCCCGGCGCAGAAGACGUUCGCAAGGAGAAGCCUAAAAGAGGCUUUCGGUUCUGGGCCAUCAUCUUCGCGCUCUGCACCGUCUCUCUGCUCUCUGCUGCUGAGAAUACUGUCGUCGUCACCGCCUUACCUACGAUCGCCGAGAGGCUUCACGUUGGCCAAGAGUACGUAUGGAUCAGCAAUGUCUUCUUUUUGACCAGCGCAGCUGUCCAGCCUCUAUGUGGGCAACUGUCGAAUCUCUUUGGGCGACGCCACCUUGCUCUAUCCAUCGUAGCCGUCUAUAUCAUUGGCAGCGGCAUAUGUGGUGGUGCUAGAAACUCGGCUAUGCUAAUCGCCGGCAGAGCAAUCCAGGGGAUGGGUUCUGGAGGCAUUAAUAUGAUCAUCGAUGUCAUCGUGUCCGACCUCGUCCCCUUAAGACAGCGGGGCAACUUCAUCGCAAUCAUCAUAGCCAUAUAUGGUAUCGGAACGACUCUAGGGCCAUUUCUAGGCGGUGUUAUCGUCGAGACCACGUCGUGGAGAUGGGUGUUUUACAUAAACUUGCCAAUUGGCGGUUUAGCGUUCAUGCUCCUAUUCUUAUUCCUCCGAGUUAAGUGGGAUAGGUCCACGACAGCCUACGAAAAGAUCCGACAGGUCGAUUAUAUUGGCAAUGGGAUUUUGAUUGCUUCGACGGUGUCUAUCUUGAUUGCUUUAACCUGGGCGGAUGUAUUGUUUCCGUGGAGGUCAUUGCACAUCUUAGUACCUCUGAUGGUCGGGUUUGGCGGUCUUGUGCUAUUCGUGAUUUUUGAGGGCUUGCCAUUUGUUGCCGAGCCAGUCAUGCCCCUUCGAUUAUUCGGCAAUCGUACUGCUCUCAUCGUAUAUGUCAUCUCUUUUCUGAACUCUGCUGAGAAUUACUGGCAGUUCUUUUUCAUUCCUCUCUACUUCCAAGGUGUUCGACUAUCCUCACCGUCGCAGUCUGGCGUAGAAUUGCUCGUAUAUAGUCUCGUCGGGAUACCUGGGGCGGCUAUCGCAUUGCUAAUGCUAUCCAAAUGGGGUCGAUACAAGAUUAUCCACAUCAUCGGUUCGGCUAUGUUUACUCUUGGGGUAGGUCUCCUCAGCAUCAUGGACCAGAACACCAGCACGGCGGGAUGGAUAUGGAUCAACAUCGUAACGGCACUGGGAAGUAGCAUGCUAACGAAUACGUUGCUCCCUGCUUUUCAAGCUUCUCUCAAAGAAGAAGACCAGGCGGCUGCUACGGCAAGUUGGAACUUCAUCCGAAGUUUUGGGAAUGUUUGGGGCGUAGCAAUCCCGGCAGCUAUCUUUAACAGCUAUACCGCAUCGUACGCGCCAGUGGUGGAGGACCUAAGGGCUAGGGCAUUGUUAACAUCAGGGAAUUCGUACGCAAGCGCGACGAAAGCUUUCGUCGAGUCGUUCGAGGAACCUGUGAGACAGCAGAUUAGGACUGUCUUUACAUUAUCUCUCCAGAAGGUGUUUCUCAUCGGUGUGCCGCUCUCGGGGCUUGUAUUUCUUGCGGUUCUCUUUGAAAAGGAGAUCGAGCUGAGAACAGAGUUGAAGACGGAGUUUGGGCUCGAGGAGCAAGAGACCCUUUAA